AUGGAGAACGCGCGUGUGUUGCGCUCGGGCAAGUCCACGCCCUCGCGGGAAGAGACGCCAUCGUCAGGGCAGACCACGACCCACGAGACCAACACAUGGAGCAGAGGCACCGGCGUUGAAGACACGACGGAGAGCAGCACGCGUACCGACGCUAGGGCCAAACUAAAUUCAGUACCCGCACAAAUCGACAACGUAGUCGAAAAUGUAGGAAGUGCGCCGGGCACUAUAGUUAACGUCCCCGGGGACAGAGCAAGCAGCAAAUUAUCCGCGUUGCAGGCCGAAUUAGAGUAUCACAACUCCGAACUAGCACGGGCUAGGGCGGCGUCCGCAGCUGCCAUGAGUCGGCUGGAAAUAGCUAGGAUAGAGCUAGGAGAAUCCACCGACGCGGACCAGCCACCCAGAUCGAAUAAAACCCGAGUUGAAGGCUGGAUCUCGGAGCAAUGUGUUAGGCCGUCAACAAGCGCUCAAAACCCGGGACGAGACCCGCGUCCGACCGAAAACAUCGAACCGCGCGCCGGUAACACGUCGCUUAGCGACAUGACAUUGCUAGCCAACGCGAUAGUUCAAGCGGUCAAUUCGAGUAGGUCGGAAGCGACGCCUAAAUUCAUUCAUGAGUUGCCCCACUUCGACGGAACAAUUACGGAGUGGAUGGCGUUUAAAUCCGUUUUUAAUGACACCGCGGAUAUGUUCUCGGACAUUCAAAAUGUAGCUAGGUUAAGAAAAGCAUUAAAAGGCGCGGCCCGCGAAACAGUUAGAGUUUUGCUAUACACAGUAUCGGACCCGUACGAAAUAAUAGAUACGCUAGAACGGCGAUACGGCAGGCCAGAACUACUUAUUCUCUCCGAAAUCGAAAACAUAAAACGUUUACCCCGUAUGACGGAAGACGGGCGCAAUGUUAGUAGUUUCGCGAGUAAAAUAUUACACGGCAGCGGCAGUGCAGCGCCGCCCGCAAGCGGCAAUGUUAGCUCAAUAAAUCACGUUCGUGCGUCAAACACCUACCUCAAAGUAGUGCCGGUUGAGAUAAGUGGCCCAGUGGGCACCACCGCUACAUACGCCUUGCUGGACGAGGGCUCUACAUUGACCCUAGUUGAGCGUACGGUAGCGGACAGUGUAGCACCCAGGGGUCGCAGCCAGCUACUUAAGUUGGAAGGGGUAGGCGGUAACCAAAUUGACGACCCCGAAUCGUGCAACAUAUCGCUAACAAUCCGCGGCGCGUGUAGUCGAAAUCUAGAAAAAAUGAACGCGAGCACGAUUAGUAAUUUGAACCUUACGCCGCAGUCCGUAAGCAAGGACCUAGUUAGACAGUGCAGCCACCUAGCGGAAUUAGAAGACGAACUGUGUUACGAGCAGGCUAAGCCUACGAUACUUAUCGGCCAGGAUAACUGGCACUUAAUUACGUCUCGACAAUUACGUAUCGGAAAUAAGGGUCAGCCAGUGGCGUCGUUAACUAAAUUAGGAUGGGUCCUGCACGGGCAGGACGCAAGCUCGCGUAAUUUAAAUAAUAUUCAGUUCAUAAGUCACGUAAGAACGUCGCAGUCCGAGGAUCCCGCGUUAGAAUUGAUAAGGAAUUAUUUUAGCAUAGAAUCGUUAGGUAUAGAGCCGCGUAAACCUAAAGCGGAUCCGGACGAGCGCGCGUUAACUGUUUUAAAUAGAACUUGCAAUAAAAUGAACGAUUGUGAUCGGUAUGAGUCAGGCUUAUUGUGGAAAACCGACAAUGAAGUAAUGCCGGACAAUAAGAAACAAGCCCUAAGCCGUCUGUACAAUCUAGAGAACAAAUUAGAUAAAAACUUAAACUUAAAAAUAGAGUAUUCGAAACAAGUAAAUAACUUGCUAAGUUCGGGUUACGCAGAACUAGUGAGCACCCCAGCCACAUCACCUCGCACCUGGUACUUACCUCAUUUUUCAGUGGUUCAUCCCCAAAAAGGUAAGGUGCGACUGGUUUUUGACGCUGCGGCUAAAUGUGGGGGAAAAUGCUUGAAUGAUGCGCUACUAACCGGGCCCGACUUAUUGCAGUCGCUUUUCGGCGUUUUAGUUAGGUUCCGCGAAGGAAAAAUAGCAGUAGUAGCGGACAUCAAAGAGAUGUUCUUACAAAUAAAAGUGAUUGAGUCGGAUCGCGACAGCCUUCGUUUUCUGUGGCGAGGCGACGAUAGAAACAUCCCCCCGCGAGAAUACCGUAUGACCUCGCUUAUUUUUGGGGCGGCCUCAUCGCCGUGCGUGGUCAUUCAUGUUAAAAAUAAAAACGCGCAAAACUUUAGUUCAGAGUACCCGAAGGUAGCUAAAGCUGCGGAACGGAACUUUUAUAUGGACGAUUACUUAGACUCAUUCGACGACGCGGACGAAGCCAGGCAAGCGGUCAAUGCCAUGUAUAGGAUUAACUUAGGCGCUUCGUUCGAGUUACGCGGUUGGGCGUCGAAUGUGCCCGAAGUAAUAAAAGACGUUUCCGAUAAGCGAAUUAGCGGCGCGACGACUUUAGGAAAAAGCGAUACAGAGAGGACUUUAGGUCUCAUUUGGAACCACGCUCGCGACACUCUAGGAUUUAACGUGAACCUCAGAAACACGCCAUCUAGUGUAAUUUCAGGGGAAAUUUUACCCACCAAGAGGCAAGUCACUAGCGCCGUCAUGUCGGUUUUCGACCCGUUAGGAUUAGUUUCGCCGGUAACUAUGGUAGGUAAGUGCCUCAUUCAGGAAAUAUGGCGUAGUGGCGUAGGUUGGGACGAUCCUAUAACUAAGGAACACCACAUUACGUGGAUGUCGUUUAUUAAUAAUUUAAACUUGCUGAGGACUUUCGAAAUAGAAAGAUACGUACCUGCCCCGCCCUCUGGCGAGGGGGAGUUACACAUAUUUUGCGAUGCUAGCGAAAAAGUUUAUUCGGCCGCAGUUUAUUUCGUUAGCAUGAAUAAUAACACAAAGACGGCUAGAUUAGUUACGGGAAAGGCGAAAGUAGCGCCGUUGAAACCAAUUUCGAUACCGCGAUUAGAGUUGCAAGCCGCGGUUCUUGGUUCCCGCUUAGCAGAGUCAGUAAAACGGGAAUCUGACUACAAAAUUACAAAGUCGUAUUACUGGUCGGAUUCAAAAACGGUAUUAGCUUGGAUUAGGUCCGAUCCGCGUACUUUCAAGUCGUUUGUCGCGCACCGGCUAGCCGAGAUCGAAAGUACAACGACCCCGGCCGACUGGCGAUGGGUGCCGAGCGCCGACAACGUCGCGGACGACGCUACCAAGGGCAUUCCGGUGAAUUUUAGUUCGACACACAGAUGGUUUACAGGACCUAGUUUUAUUUUAGACGACCCCGCGACAUGGCCGUGCGAAAAGCGGACCGCGGCUCCCUUACCCCCUUCAGGGGAGGAGAGAAUAAUUAAGCAGGUUCACGUCUGUGUAGACCAUGUAAACAACGAUUACUUACCUAAAGUUGAAAGGUUUUCGAAGUAUAAGCGCCUGGUACGCGCUGCUGCCACCGUCUUGCUCUCGGCUGAGGCAUUUAAAGCCAAAUUGCUCAAGAGAAAAGUAAAUACGGAAAUCUCUCCAGAUCACAUCAGACUAGCAGAAUUGCUGCUUAUCAAGAGGAGUCAGAACAUCUCGUUCGCGAACGAUAUAAAGACGAUAGAGGCUGGGCAACGACCUCCGAAGAGGUCCCCCUUUCACAAACUUGCUGUGAAACUCGACCGCAGCGGGAUAUUAUACCUCGAUAGCAGAGUUAAGGAAGAAUAUAAUCUGCCUGUCCUACAUGCGAAGGAAGAAUUUACCCGACUGUUAGUGCAUCACACGCACGCAGUAUUUAACCACGGCAAUCACCAAACCGUGAUGAACGAGCUCCGACAGCGCUACCACAUAAUUGGACUACGCAGCAUCCUUCGCUAUAUAUGCAACAAGUGUCAAUGGUGUAGAACCUACAGGGGAACUCCCUCUAAAAUUCCCCUGGGUGACUUACCUCCUGAAAGACUAGCCCACAAUCAGCCGCCGUUCACAGCCUUGGCGGUUGACUAUUUUGGCCCAAAGCACGUCACGAUCGGGCGAAGACACGAGAAGCGGUGGGGCGCACUUUACACGUGCCUCACCACUCGGGCCGUGCAUCUGGAGCUGGUGCCUUCCCUAUCUGCAUCCUCCAUGAUCAUGAGCUUGCGCCGAAUGAUGUCCCGCCGUGGCACUCCGACGGUCAUAUAUAGCGACAACGGAACCAACUUCGUGGGCGCCGAGAAAGAAGUGACGGAAGCUCUUCGACAAAAUGACGACGCGAUGAAGGUCUUCGCCUCCGGAAAACAGAUAAUUUGGAAAAGAAUACCCCCUGGGGCCCCGAACAUGGGCGGCGCCUGGGAGAGAUUAGUGAGAUCUGUGAAGGCGGCAUUACGAGUCACCUUAACAGAAAAGACGCCCCCAGAUGAAGUGUUGCAUACGCUGUUGCUGGAAGCAGAACAUGUCAUAAAUACGAGACCGUUAACACCAGUAAAUCCUGAUCUAAACGAGGAAUCACUGACCCCAAAUCACUUCCUAAUUGGGAGGUCAAGCGGGAUGAUACCUUUCGGCUCGUAUAAAGACUACACAGCAGACAGUCGCUCGUGGAAAGCUGCGCAAAAGUUGGCCGAAGCGUUCUGGGCUCGAUGGGUAGCAGAGUACAAACCCCAAUUGAUGCCUCGGCUCGGCAACCCGCAGCACAGCAACCUCAACCCCGGAGACAUCGUUAUAAUAUGUGAUAGAACGAUGCCCCGUGGAAUAUGGCCUAGAGGUGAAAUAAUAAAGACUUUCCCAGGUCCAGACGGGCGGGUUAGAGUAGCAGAAGUCCGUACAGCCGCCGGACUAAUUCGUCGCCCAGCCUCUCGUCUGAUUCUCGUAAGCAGCCAGGAAUAA